UCCAUAUACAGACCAUAAGCAUAAUUACAUAAAUGUCCCCCCUUGUAACACGGCAACUUCUGCCCAUGGCUCCCAACGCCCCCCACCACGAGGCGCUGCCGCUCAACGAGAACGACUCGCAGGAGAUGGUGCUGUACGAGGUUCUCAACGAGGCGCGUGCGCUUCCAUCAUCGCCUGCCGCGGCGGCGGCUACGCACUCCGGGAGGAGCAGGGGGGGCGGCGGCGCCGUGAUGCUCAGGCCGAUAGAGAAGAAGCGGUACCGCGGGGUGAGGCGGCGGCCGUGGGGGAAGUACGCGGCGGAGAUUCGUGACUCGGCUAGGCAGGGGGCUAGGGUGUGGCUCGGCACGUUUAGCACGGCGGAGGAAGCGGCUCUGGCUUACGAUAAAGCGGCGUUCAGAAUGCGCGGCGCUAAGGCGCUCCUCAAUUUUCCGCCGGACGUUGUGGUGGCGGCGGCGGCUGCGGCAUCUUCUCCGGCGAUGCAAGGAGUGCGGAGUUAUAGUUGUGAUGAUACCGGCAUGGCUUCUAGUGCUAGUAGGAGUAAUGAAUAGUGCAUAUAUGAUAUACCUCUACUACUAUAGCUAGCUUGCACAUUCUAUAUGUAUGCCAAUUUUCUUUCCU